CUAAACCGAGAGAAAACGAGAACGAAAACCUCAAACAAGAAAAAUCAAAAUGAAUCACCGCAAAUUUUAUUUAUUGCUACGRCAAAAAUACUUGAUAAAUGAAUUUAUCAUGUUGACUUGAAGAAAUGCCGGGGGCAUGAUUACUCUUCUAAAAACUGCAUGCUACUUCAAAAUCCAUCUAUUUAUGUAUCACUGCAAACUCCUUUGUCAAAGAACAAGUUCUUGUAUUUAGUAAAGCCCAGCUGUGUUGUGACUUGUAAAUACUGGGGAGUGAAGAGCGAGCACAAAGGACAGCGAUCUCAAGGCGGAAAAUCCUUUUGAAAUAGACCGUGGAAAUUACCAAUAAGGCUACUGCCGAAGUCUUGGUAAUCAUACCGAGAWACACAAGCAAAAAACCCACAUGCAUGGAUUCAUUCACGAGGAGACUUAGGAAAGAGCAGGUGCCAACUCAGCACAGAUGAAGUGAGCUAAGUGUGCCAGCAAUAUGAUCCUUGUAGCGCUAGUUACGUGUCUCAUGUACGUUCACUUUUCAUUAUCGUCUACUCCAACCUCAUCACCGCCAUCAUGUUGCUGUCCAAACGGUACUGUCACCAUCACUGCGUUUAUUCUUCCUCCAUACAUUAUCUAUUACAACUCCACAAGUUACGGUGGAAUUGCUUACGAAUUCAUGGAGCAGGGACUCAAAAAAUGCUUUCGGUCGUGUAACAUGGAACCAGCGAAAUGGAACCUUGUAAACUCAUCGAUAGCCUUACGAGAUGCAUUGCUGUCAAAGUCAACUGAUAUCGCAUUACCUAUAGUGCCAUUUAUGGAACAAGAACUCGAAGAUGGUGAACUUGAAMGCGAUAUUGAAAACGAUUCCGAUUCUGGAAAUAACUCGUAUGAAUUUAAGAACAUCGUAGGYUCGCCAGGUCUUUCGUUUAUAGUCCAUACGACUAACUUCAAUAACAGAGCAAAAAGGCACAUCAUUGACGCAUUACUGCAAGUAUGGCCUAUUGUAGUAUUUUGUUUGUUAUUGGCGGGAAUGUCUGGGAUCUUUGUCUGGGCUUUGGAAUAUAAAGGCAAUCGAUCGCAAUUCCCUAAGAAUUUUUUCAGUGGUUCUUACGAAGGGUUUUGGUGGGCAUUUGUUACUAUGACAACUGUCGGGUAUGGUGACAAGACUCCAAAGUCGUAUUGUGGUCGUUUGUUUGGUGUUUUGUGGAUCCUUGUUGGAGUUGCAAUCAUCGCCAUGUUCACAGCUUCGACUACUAACGCACUWCAUGCUGGGAGAACGUUUUACAAAUCAGGAAUCCAWGGAAAACGAAUUGGAGUGCUGAAGUAUUCUGAGGCUGGGAGUAUUGGGACAAGAAAAGGCGCCAUUGUAACAGAAUACGAAACCUUCGAGGCUAUGCAUGAUCAUCUGAAUGAAGAUCUACUGGAUGGUCUUUUGAUUGAUCGUUACGAGGCUUCAUAUCUUUUGUCCCAAUGGAAAGAAGACACUAUACGAGUCCUUGAGAAUAUGGAUAAUGAGAUUYAUUACAAGAUGGCACGUGUGGUUGGCCGGAAUGAUGCUCUGGCUACAAAUCAAUGUUUCACUACGAGAAUACGAAGGCAUGAGAGACUGACACAAAAAUAUGUUGGUUUUUACGUUAAACCUGUUAAGGAAUUCUACGUCGAUGAAAACUCCAAAGGGAUUUUCUCUGGCACAUCGACCACAACAAUAGUGGCAACUUUAUGUGGCAUAUUCUUGUUUUUAUUAAUGACUGGUUCAACGUAUCAGCUAUUGUACCGUCGAUGGAUUUCACCAAAGCGACGGAAAUCUUUCCCGCCAGAAGAUGUCGUCUAUUUACAGUCCAUCAUGUUAAAGGAUUUAGGAGAAACUGUUAAAAUCCUAUCUGAAGACAUUGAUAAACUCAAGAACAAGCUAGCGAAAAUCAAUUCCGCUGAAUCCGACAGCACACGCGCAAAUCAAGGAUUUGGCAACGGAAUUCAUACUCAGCUACAUAUCCGAAAUGAACAUAUAGACGCUGAUAAGAAUAAUUAAACUUUACGACACAUCUUGCGUCUUCAGAACUGAUGACAAUAUGGUACAUAAUUCCGCAAAGCAGUAUUUAUUUUUCAUUUACAUAAAUUGAGGUCCACGUCAUAUAGUGAGAAUAGAAUGCAUUUAUUUUACAUUUUCCAAAAAAUACAUAAAACCUCAGUCAAUCUGACUUGUAAAUAAUAUUAUAUAAGUUAAGAAGUAUUUAUUUUUAACACUUAAAAAAGCCAGUUAUAUAAUCUCACUGAUGUAAAACAUGUAGAAAUGUGUAUUUUUGCAAGUUCUCAUGGAUUAUAUGAAAUCAAAUAAAAAACCAUAGCAAUGGAUAAUGAAAAA